CAGGGAAAUUUCAAUGCAGGAAGCAGCACUGGACAAAGUCACUCUUCAUAUGAUAGGAGAAUGUAUGUCUUACCUAAGCCAGCAUCCAAUCCUGCAUCAAAUUAUAAUCCUGUUAAACAGAAAAUUAACAAUCAGUUAAAACAAAAUAUGCUUAAACAAUAUAAGAGUCCCCUGCAAAUGAAGCAGGGUGCUUCGUAUUAUGGUAAAGCAGGUUACCAAAAGCAUCCACAGUUUAAUAAAAAAAAUCAACAGAAAAAGACUGUAGGUAACAAAAUAAAUCAAACUCAAAAGAAACAGUCACCAAAUUCUAACCAAGCAAAGCCAAAUAGUGCCAAGAAUGUUACACAAAGUAAAGACAAUCAAGAUAAUAAAGAGGCAAAUAACAAAAAGGAGAAUUCCAGUGUUGAUACUGAAGAAAAACCUAUUGUUGAUGCACAUUCAAGGGACGAAGAUACUUCAUCAGGAAAUGACACUACAUCAUCAGGAAAUGAUGCUACUUCAUCAGGAAACCAUGCUACUUCAUCAGAAAACCAUGCUACUUCAUCAGGAAACGACGCUGAGUGUGAUGGGGAUGUAGCAGGGAAUCACACCAAUAAUGAGUCGGAAGGGGAUUCUGACGAAGAACCAAAGGAAAAACAAGAAUUAACAGAGUCUGAGACAACUAGUGAAAAUGCAGGCAGUGGAGAAGAGCCUGAGCCUGAUUUACAAGAGCUAGAAAAUUGGGAAAAGGAAAAAAAAAUACUAGAUUCUGAUGCAUCAGAUAAAGUGGAAAAUUAAGUGCCCACAAUGUAAACAGAAAACACCAGAUGUUUUACCCAAUUUUAUAAUGUCCUUAAUACUGGAUUCAUUUAGUUUUUCUUUUCGCCACCAAAGGUAAUAAAUAUAUUAAUUAUAGGUAAUUAGUUCCAUGUUACAUACUUCUGUAUUUUAGGGAAAACCAUAAUGAGCAGCAGCUACAUUGUAUCCUCAAAGAGGAGCCCAUCACAAUUUUCUUGAGAGAUGUGAUAGAUACUAAAGACAAAGCAUUUUUUAAUGUUUUCACUCCCAAUUUUACCAUUACAUUUCUCAGGAAGUUUCAGUAGAUUGUUCACUGUAUUGAAGGUACUGUAUAUCCAUAUAUUUUAUCUUUUUAUAGUAAUGAACAAAAGUUCUUACUAGAGAUGUUAAUGGUAACCAAGGCUCAAUGUGGUUAGUUGUUUGCAGACCACAUCUGUUUUCGUUUAUUCUAAGUAUGGUACAUUGGUAUGUCAAAACUAUGCAGAACAGUCAGUUCCUAUGAAAUGCCUGUUUCUGAUGAGCUGUUAUUAAAAUUAAGGUUUAUGGCAUGAAUCCACACUCCUGCAGUAGUAUGGGAAAUAUGAAUGCCUUCACAACAAUGUUGUCAUAUAAGUUCACGUCAUUUAGCUCUGUACAUGAAGAAGCAUUGCAUGAAUAUCUGUAGGGUCCAUAUUUUGGGUAACACUUGAAAAAAGUUAGGGAAAUUAUUGGUCCUUUUGUUCUUGGCAUAACAUGUCCCACUGUUUAUAAUUUUUUAAUUUUGGGGAAGUUACUGUUUAUAGUGACAAAAUACAGUACUAGUGUGUAUGGAUUCUGAAGCAUUUCAGGACAAUUUACCUAUAUUUUUUCAUGUUUUAAUAAUGAUGUCUAAUGUUGUUAAUUUAUAUCAGAUUUUAAUGGAAAUUUCUAGGGUUAUGUUUGAAAGCUUUGUUACAAAGUUUUUAUUCUUGUCCCCAUUAAUAGGUUAUUACUGGAGACAAAUACACAUUAUUUUAGGAUGAGGAAUAUGCUUUCCAUACUAUAUUCCAGGGAAUAGCAGUGUUCAUUUGUUUUAGCGUUCAGUAUACGAGUUACUGAUAGUAAAUUACAGUGCUUAUGGUUUACUAGUCUUAGCAGGGAGUGUGUAUGCAUUUUAUAUUUCACAUGGAGUUACCGAUGAGGAGAAUGUUUCACAUUUAGAUUUUUCCAAAAGAUGAAAUGUAUGGGAAACAUCCCUUGUGAUACCAGCAGAUAUAAAAUUUAAUAUUGCUAUAUAAUAGGUGCUUUUGUAUGCUCUAUUGAGUUCAUUUGAGUUUUAUCUUCAAAUCGAGUUUGUAAAAAUGACAAGGUUUUGGAGUCAAAGGCAUUUGUCUCAACCUUUCAACCAAGGUCCCUUUUUGAUCGUUCAGAAACACCAUUUUCCUCUGGGUAAUGUGCAAGCGUAGCUGAUUUUAAAUUUCUUUAAUCAGACCAUUGAAUUGCAUUUUUAGACUGACAUGGUUGGCCACUGAAAUUGUUCAUUGAAGAGGGGUUUAAAAUUUGAGGCUAUUAAGGUUGCUAAGUGAAAUGGACAAAAGCAAUAUAGCCUGGAGCAGAAGAGGUGCAUAGAACUUGGUACUUUGUUGCCUACACUGAGCUAACAAGGAACAAAGUAAUUGGCAUCCUUUACAAAAGAGGGUAUGAAUAUUUGCAUCCCGCUUGCAUUCAUAAAGAGAUGAAAUUUAUUAUUAAGGGGAAAGGCCAAGGGAACAGGUAAGCUAAUGUCCUGAACUAGCCAAGGCCCCACAAAACAAGGUAUGCAUUUGAAAUAUUUAUUCUUUUGAAAUGUGUUACUAUUCGUUUUUCAUGAUUUUUAGUUAAUAUUUUACUAACUAGUUUGCAGCAGCUCAGUGUGCAUUGAGUGCAGGCAAUUUGGAGUGUAUAUAUAAAUGUUAUGGCAGUAAUCACUGUAUCCUCAUCUUUUUUUUUAAUGUAUAAGGUAUUCUGGACUCUCUGGGACCAUCAGUAAUAAAAAUUUAGUAGAACUAGCUACUCUAUUAAACAAACUGAUAUAUUAAAACAGAGAUACAGUUAGAAGGUAUGCAUGAUGAGGAUACAAGUUUGAUGCGUCAGUUAGCAAGUGCAGUUUUGAUAUCUUCACUUGCUGUGGCACAUUUAAGACCUAAUCAUGAUUUUCCUUUUGAGGAUAAUAAAAAAAGGGUUCUUUUUCCACAAUUUAAUCAUAGCAAUGGAGUCAGUUUCCAUAUUUAUGCUUGUGUCUUACAAUUACCAAGACAUUUCUUGGGUGAUUGGACAUUUUGAUCUCAGGGUAAAAUUCUCCUUAAGUGUUGUAUGAGUUUUGACAUUUGUAAUGUAUUCGUCACACUUCUUUAUGUGGCCAAGGGAUUUGAGAAGUAUAAAUCUGGCAUUCCAGACCAUUAUUGUGACUGUGAAUUUUUUAUUACUGUCAGGUGAGUAACAGUUCCUAUAUGAGGAAAAGGUUGGUAAUAAGCUAUGUACAACACUUCAGACUCGGUGCAUUGUGUGAAUACAGUCUAUUUGAAUGAAAGGCUAUUAAAUACUGUCAUCUUUUCAAAGAGACCGCUGUAAGCUAAGGAACAAUAUUUUCUAGAAAGAUUUAUAAACCCUUCAUAGUAAAAGCAAUAACCUUUAUUGACUUUUACACACACACACACACACACACACACACACACACACACACACACACACACACACACACACACACACACACACACUGACUGCCUUGUAAUUGUACUGCUACUGGAAAAUUUUAUUUCAUAAAGGAAUGCAUAAGCAUAUGAUGGGGAGGUUAAGUAUAUGAAAUACAAAAAGACUGUGGAGAAUUGUAAAUUUACUGACAGGAUAUACAUUUGGAGUGUGGGAAUAGUCACUUUUAAGAGAUAACACCCUAGAAAUCUUUAAAUGAUAUAGAAGUUUUCAGCAUUGCCAGUGGCUUACAUUAAAUAACUUGAGCUUAAAGCUUUAUGUUAUAGCCACAGUUUUCGACUUCUUAAGAAAGUAAGGGUUACACAGGUCUAAAUAUGAAAAGCAAAAGUUGAAAAAAAUACUAGUCCUUGAUAAGGAUGAGGAGCUUGAAGAAGGUUGUUUGGCAAAACAAACAAACCCUUCAGAUCACCCCUAAACAGAGACAAGAGUGUUAACUCAAUGGUCUGGUUAAACUAAAAAAAGUCCAUGAAGAAUAGCUUCAACUACAUGUUCAAAAUACUUAAUUGGACAAGUGACACUGCACUUUGCAAAUGCGAGCAUUAUGCUGACAAUUAAAACAUGACUUAAAUGGAAGGUUUUUAAGCUGUGAAUAGAGUGCAUAUUAAAGCACAUACGUAUUAAUAAUCAGUGCACUUACAACUUAAUUUAUAGUUGGCACAGUUUUGGAGUAUCUCAAGUUAUUCGGAUAAGGCGAACAAUGUCCAAUGUCCUAAAGAUACCAAAUUAAUUGCACUAGUGGAAUGCAUUUCCACCUACAGUAUAUCUAAUGGAUAUUGUGAAAUAAUUCCUCCUUUCAUUUUUGGUGUAUAGUUUUCACAUAUGUAGAAGUGAAUUCUACACUAGUAACCCCCAUUUGAAACUGAAUUUAAUUUUCAGAACAUACCAUCAGUAGCUGUUGGUAUAUUUGUAUAUACCUUUAUGUUAAUGUGUGUGCUUAAAAGAAAGCAAACUGCUUUUCUCCUUAGUCUGAUGGUAUAGAAAUGGGGUUCCCUGUUAGCUCUCCACUUGUCAGCACCUCAUGUCUCAGAAGUAAUGAAGGGGUUGCAUCUUUGUGUUCAAGAUUCAAAACCUCGUAGAUACUGGUUACAAAGUAUGUAACACAUUAUAAAAUGAAUGUAACCCAUAAAUAAUGUUUUCUAUAAUUACUCAUAAGGUAAAAAAAACCUGUUGUUUUAACAUAAACAGUACUGUUGUUUUAUGUUUGUUAGUUUCAAGCACUGCAAUUUUGUAUAAUGGACUACAGUUUUAUAUUGCAGAAGUUACAUUUAUUUGGAUACAAUAAUGACAAUUUUUGCGUUAGUGAAAAGAAUGUACAUAAGGAGGGACCUCCUAUGAUUUCUUCAGUUUUUCAAAUGUGAAAGGAAAGUGUUUUUUGCAGCAUCCACCAAGAAUGCCAGGUAGCUAUCACCUCAUCUUAUUGGUGAGGAAUUGUCAAGUGCUACAGAUUUAUACUUGGUUUUGUUUUUUUCUGAUAAAAGGUAUAUAUCUGUGGUGUUGGUAAUUGUACAUUUUUAACGUGGGAACUGUUAGUAAAUUGAUGAAGAGGGAAAUGUCAAUAGUAUGUAAAAAGAGUAUAAAGUGACGCAUACUUUUAAAUUGCUGUGUGAUAUGUAAAAAAUAGCAUUGGCCCUUAAAGUAUUUUGCUAGUAUUUUAUGUGAUAGAUUCAUUUUUUAAAUCAGAUGCAAGUUGAACAAAUGUUAUGCUAUUUUAUUCCAUUUUACAAAGACAUUUACUAUUAGGUAUUCCAAUACAGUAAUGUAAAAUGUAACUUCUGUUCAAAUACACUAUUUCCAUCUUAAA